UGGGAGCUCGAGACCCGGCACAGCCUUCCUGUGUGGUUUCAGCUGCCCAGAGAGUGUCAUGGACCUGGGGAAACCAAUGAAAAGCCUGCUGGUGGUGGCUCUCCUUGUCAUUUUCCAGGUGUGCCUGUGCCAAGAUGAGGUCACAGAUGAUUACAUUGGAGACAAUACCACGGUGGACUACACACUUUAUGAGUCCGUAUGCUUCAAGAAGGACGUGCGGAACUUUAAAGCCUGGUUCCUGCCAAUCAUGUACACCAUCAUUUGCUUCAUGGGCCUGCUGGGCAACGGGCUGGUCGUGCUGACCUACAUCUAUUUCAAGAGGCUCAAGACCAUGACUGACACCUACCUGCUCAACCUGGCCAUGGCGGACAUCCUCUUCCUCCUGACCCUUCCCUUCUGGGCAUACAGCGCAGCCAAGUCCUGGACCUUCGGCGUGCACGUUUGCAAGAUCAUCUUUGGCAUCUACAAGAUAAGCUUCUUCAGUGGCAUGCUGCUGCUUCUUUGCAUCAGCAUCGACCGCUAUGUGGCCAUUGUCCAGGCCGUCUCAGCCCACCGCCACCGUGCCCGUGUCCUUUUCAUCAGCAAGCUCUCCUGCGUGGGCAUCUGGAUGCUGGCCAUGGUGCUCUCCACCCCAGAGCUGCUGUACAGCGGCCUCCAGAAGAGCAGCAGUGAGCAAGCACUGCGGUGCUCCCUCAUCACCGAGCACGUGGAAGACUUGAUCACCAUCCAGGUGGCCCAGAUGGUGGUGGGCUUUCUGAUCCCCCUGGGGGCCAUGAGCUUCUGCUACCUCGUCAUCAUCCGCACCCUGCUCCAGGCCCGCAACUUCGAGCGCAACAAGGCUAUCAAGGUCAUCAUCGCUGUGGUCGUGGUCUUCAUCGCCUUCCAGCUGCCCUACAAUGGGGUGGUCCUGGCCCAGACGGUGGCCAACUUCAAUAUCACUGGCAGCGGCAGCUGUGAGCUCAGCAAGCAGCUCAACAUCGCCUACGACGUCACCUACAGCCUGGCCUGCGUCCGCUGCUGCGUCAACCCUUUCUUAUAUGCCUUCAUUGGCGUCAAGUUCCGAAGCGACCUCUUCAAGCUCUUCAAGGACUUGGGCUGCCUGAGCCAGGAGCAGCUCCGGCAAUGGUCCUCCUGCCGUCACACCCGGCGCUCCUCCAUGAGCGUGGAGGCCGAGACCACCACCACCUUCUCCCCGUAGAAGGCUCCUCCGCCGGGACUAGAGGGCCGGGGACAGGCAGCAAAUGACUGGGCUCCAGAAGCUGCAGAGGGAAAGGCAGUCCUGGCCUUGAAGCUCUAUCUCGUGGGGAGAGCCCGUGCAGCAGCCCGGGCCUCCCCCGUGGCCCUAGCUACCUCCACCCAGGUUGCAAAGCGUUGUGACCGACGAGCCACACCAAAUCCUGCAACACUCCAAAACCAAGGCUGUUGUCCCCCAGACCUAAAACCGAAAGUGGAAGUCGGGAAACAGUCCACACUUGGAGUGAAAGAGAGUCGGUGAUGGGUAGACCGGUGGAGGGGGCCUGGCGAGUCCUCUGAAUGAAACUCUUUUGGACCUAGCAAGACAUCCGCCCUGAGAUUCGAGGGCUGAGGCAAGGCCUUCCAGAAAACAAGGCUUUGUCUCCGAGGCCAGAGAUGGUGGGGAGACUUCUUGGCUUGGCAGGGAAAGGGGAUGCCAGUGGGUCAGAGUCUCUGAAUUCCUCCCUCCAUCUUUUUUUCCACUGUCAUCUGAGCUGCCAAGAAAUGACAGCCUCCAGCCCUCCCUGAAAGCACACUUGCCCCUCGCCUGCCCCCUCUCAUCAGGCUGCUGCCC